GCAAAUCGUUUUAUAUUAUUCUACCGCGGUUACAAGUUCAGAGGUGUCCCCGUGUGCUGCCAUCACCUAACCGACAACACCAGAGGACCAAAGCAACCGUGCGUGUCUGCAAGCGGUCAUCGGAUUCCCGCCAUUAGCCAAAUCAACGUCGUCGCAUCAGGUUCGGAACCCCUUUUGGAGUGCGGAUUCUGUGCUCUAGUCGGACGUGCUCCCAGCAGUGUUUCAAGUGAAAUCGCAAGUUGAUUCGAGUGAAGAUGAAAUUUUUGAUCGCAUUUGCUUUCGUUCUGGUCUCCUGUUACAUCACCAACGCACAGGAAGAUGUCCAGCUGGUGCAAUUUACCAACGAGAACAACGUAGAUGGAAGUUACAACUUUGCCUACGAGCAAUCCGACGGUCAGAAGCGCCAGGAAAAAGGAGAAUUGAAACAAGUGGAAGGUUCCGAAACGCCUGCCAUUUCCGUGAGCGGCUCGUAUGAAUUUACAGAUCCUGAUGGAAGCCGGUACCGCGUAGAUUACACCGCCGAUGAACGUGGAUACCGACCGACGGUUACCAAGCUUUAAGCUUCGCUUGCUUUUAUUUUAAUCUUUGAGUGCAGCAAGUUUGUGUAUGAGAUUAAGCGAUUUUUUAAUUAUUUGAUUGUUGCAAAUAAAGCAAUUUAACAUUUGCCGUGGGAAUUGUUACAUUUCACCACACUCACAACUUUUAAA